GUAACAUGUUGUCGUCACUAGGGAAGGGUCAGCUGACGCUGUCAUCGGUUUGGAUGCUUCGUCAGUGUUGGUAAUCAUUUAUGUCAUUUGUUUAUGUUAAAACACUUCAGAGUGAAUGAUAAUAUCCGCUUUUUACCGUCUGUUACUAUAAUUUUGUGGUUCUGAAUGGUUAAUGCUAACGUUAGCUUCCCAUUCCACUUGGGUAGGUUAAUGUGGGUUUAGUCAACUGCGCGUUUCUAUUGCUGCUUUGUUGUCGAAUCAUCAGAGAACUUGAGCUAUUUCGGAAGUGGGGGCUAGUAAUUUUAGGGUAAUUUGCUAACACAUGCAGUACAGACAUGGAUUCUCGCGACUCAGACCUAAUCUGUUCCAUAUGUCUUGAUACCUUUCAUAUUCCUGUCACCAUCCCCUGUGGACACUCGUAUUGUCAGAAGUGCAUCACUUCCCAUUGGGACAUAACAUGCAAAUCUGACAUUGGACCUUGCUGUCCCUUCUGCAAUACCAAGUUUGCCAGCAGGCCCAUUCUCAACCGUAAUGUGUCCUUAUCGCGCCUGACUGAAGCUGCGAUCAGCAACACCGGGGCAUCCCGCAAGGACUGCGGGGGUGAGGAAGGUGGACCCAUCCUUUGCGAGCACCAUCACAAACCUCUUGUUUAUUAUUGCAAGAGGGAUAAAAUGUCAGUGUGCUACGAAUGUGCCAUCUUGGACUGCAAGAACCAUGAAAAGGACCUGCUGGAGACGGAAAAGAAGAACCAAAAGUUAUUACUGGAAAACAAGAAUGAGGAAGUUACGAAACUCAUUGAAGAAACCAAGCAAAGUAUUAACAAGCUAACUGAAAAUAUCACCCAAGCUAAGGAGACUAUGCAGCAGACGUCCACUCGGGUCACAGCCAAGUUUUCCAACUUGAUUAAAAUAUUGGCCGAGCGGCAGGAGGCCACGGAGCGCUUCAUGGAACAGGAGAAAGAAGCGGCUGUCGCUGAGGCGACGGCCCGCCUCGCUGACCUGGAAGACAACGCACGCAAACUGAAAGCCAGCCAGGCUAGGAUAGCCACCCUCCACAACCUCUCCGAUGCAGAGCUAAUCAAGGAAUCCAUGCUUGUGGAGGUUCCACGCCUCAAGAAAAUUCCCUCCGACGUCACCCCCCACCUGCAGGAUCGGCUAAACGCCAUCACGGAAGUCAUGACCCGGAUCUCCAAGCUGGUGGUCGAGGACCUUGAAAGAGCCGUCUGCACCGUUUUGGGCCAGGACUCGGAAGGUUCUCCUCAGGAGAAGAGGCCCAUUCUGGCCGUGGUUCCCAGUCCUGCUGCUCCGUGUCACCCUGAUGGGAGGGAGGGCAUCAGUGCUUACAGAUGCUGUCUGACAUUUGACCCCAACAGCGCCAACGGCAAUCUGGUUUUGUCCCGAGAGAACCAGAGAGCGGAGCACCUGACUUCGGGGUUGCUUCCCGUAGCCGAUCACGAAUCCCGCUUUGAUUACACCUGGCAGGUGUUGUGCAGCCAGGGCUUCCAACAAGGCCAACACUACUGGGAGCUGGAGGUGUCCAAACCAUGGGCUUACCUAGGGGUCACCUACGCCGGCAUCCCCAGGAAAGAAAAGGGCCGAAGGUGCAUUCUAGGUAUGAACGAACUGUCGUGGAGCCUGCAGUUGGACGAGAAGCAGCUCAACGCCUGGCACAACGGCCGCAAGGAGACCCUGGCCGGAUCUUCGCGGCACGGCCGCAUCGGCGUGCUGCUGGACUACGAGGCGGGGACGCUCACCUUUUACGGAGACGGACACGUCCGGCUGCACGCCUUCCACUGUGCCUUCGCCCAGGAGCUUUUCCCCGCUUGCUGGAUAGGAGAGGGUGUCAGCAUCACGCUCUGCUCCUCGUGAAUUGCACUGUUUUUCUUGUCCUUGAAACUGACCGAUUUGUUUCUCUUCUCACAUAAUGACAUUACAAUGAAGAAAAAAUACGGGAAUAAGUUCAGCUCCUUUUGUGGAAUUAGUCCAAAAUGCUCUAGACUACACUUUCGAAUUCUAAUGAAAGGUGAAGUCUUUCAAAACUGUUGACUGUUCAGUUAUAAAACAGGCCUUUUAUUGUGUGUUGAGGGGAAUCCCCCCAUGGCCGUAACGUAAUAAAUCAUCUUCUUGAACUGCUUAUCCUCAUGGGGGUGCUGGAGCCUAUCGCAGCAAACUAUAGGCAGGAGGAAGGGUACAUUCUGAACUGGUUGCCAGCGAGUUGCAGGGCACGUACAGGCAAAUAACCAUUCACGACAAUCUACGGACAAUUUGGAGUGGUUAUUCUAGAGGUCGAUUUUCACGCCGAUACCGAUAUUAAAAAAAAAAACAUUUCAGCCAAUUGCCGAUGUUGGAGUAACGGAAAUGUUUACAGCACACGCACAAACGUAGCACAAAUGAUUGACACAGUUUUUAGCCAUUUUUAAUCAUAAUGGGGGCUAGUUGACCUCAGAUUGAACUAUAAAAGAAUCGUUAAUAUCUCAAAAACGAUAGCAGCAGAAAAAUUUUUUACAGCAUAACCCUAGCACAUGAUGAUAUACAGUGCUGGCCAAAAGUAUUGGCAGCCCUGCAAUUCUGUCAGAUAAUCCACAAUUUCCCCCAGAAAAUGAUUGCAAUUACAAAUGCUUUGGUAGUAAUAUCUUCAUUUAUUUUGCUUGCAAUGAAAAACACAAACGAGAAUGGGGGAAAAAAAUAUCAUUUUACACAAAACUCCAAAAACGGGCCAGAUGCUUCUGUAAUUUGUGUAAUUAACAGCACCUGUUAAUUACGGUACCUGUGGCACAUAACAGGUGGUGGCAAUAACUAAAUCACACUUGCAGCCAGUUAAAGUGGAUUAAAUUUGACUCAAUCUGUGUCCUUGUGUGUACAACAUUGAGCAUGAAGAAAAGACCAAAAGACUGUCUGAGGACUUGAGAAGCAAAAUUGUGAGGAAGCACGGGAAGUCCAGCUCCAAAGACCUGAAUGUUCCUGUCUCUACCGUGCGCAGUGUCAUCAAUAAGUGUCUAGCCCACGGUGUUGUGGCUAACCUCCCUAGAUGUGGACGGAAUAGAAAAAUUGACAAGAGAUUUCAACGAAAGAUUGUGCAGAUGGUGGAUAAAGAACCUCAACUAACAUCCAAACAAGUUCAAGCUGUCCUGCAGUCUGAGGGUACAACAGUGUCAACCCGUACUAUCUGCCGGCGUCUGAAUGAAAAGGGACUGAUACCCAGGAAGACCCCACUUCUGACCCAGAGACAUAAAACAAGGCCAGGCUGGAGUUUGCCAAAACUUACCUGAAAAAGCCAAAAACGUUUUGGAAGAAUGUCCUCUGGUCAGAUGAGGCAAAAGUAGAGGUUUUUCGUAAAAGGCAUCAACGUAGAGCUUACGGGGGGCAGGAAACAAGGCCUUCAAAGAAAAGAACACGGUUUUUGGGGUUGCUUUGCUACUGGUGGCAUUGGACUGCUUGACUGUGUGCAUGACAUUAUGAAGUCUGAAGACCACCAACAAAUUUUGCAUGGCCCAUUGUGAGAAAGCUGGGCCUCCCGCAGAGGUCAUGGGUCUUCCAGCAGGACAAUGAGCCAAAACACUUCAAAAAGCACUGGAAAAUGGUUUGAGAGAAAGCACUGGAGACUUCUACAGUGGCCAGACCAGAAUCCCAUAGAACACCUGUGGAGAGAUAUGAAAAUGGCACCCUUCAAAUCUCAGAGACCUGGAGCAGUUGGCCAAAGAAGAAUGGUCUAAAAUUCCAGUGGAGCAUUGUAAGAAACUCAUUGAUGGAUACCGGAAGCGGUUGUGGUACCAAGUAUUAGGCUGAGGGUGCCGAUACUUUUGUCUGGCUCAUUUUUGGAGUUUUGAACAUAAUGAUGAUUUUUUUUCCCCAUUCUCUUUUGUGUUUCUUUCAUUACAAGCUAAAUAAAUGAAGAUAUUAUUACCAAAGCAUUUGUUAUUGCAAUCAUUUUCUGGGAGAAAUUGAGCAUUAUCUGACAGAAUUGCAUGGGCGCCAAUACUUCUGGCCAGCAGUGUACAGGCAAAUAACCAUUCAUGCACAUCUAUGGAGAAUUUAGAGUGUUCAAUCUAGAGGUCGAUUUUCAAUUGGCGAUAUCUAAAAUAAUUUUCAGCCGAUUGCCGAUAUUUAAAGCCCAUUCUGUAAGUUGAUACAGCACAAACAAUUGACAGUUUCUACCCAUUUUCAUCAAAAUGAGGGGGGCUGUUUGACCUCAGAUUGACCUAUCAAAGAAUUAACAUCUCAAAAACGACAGCAGCAGAAAUGAACAUUUUUACAGCGCAAACGAAUGAAUUUUUAUAUUAAUUUGCAGGUCAUUAAUUCAACAACCAUGUAAAGUCAUGGUGCUACCUUCCAAGUGACACCGUGACUUUACAUAGUUGGUGAAAUAAUGACCUGCGUUAGUGUUUUGUGAAUAAAGGCGUAUAAAAAGCGAGCCUGACUGGAUCCCCCAACCCUUGGCUUACAUCUUAGUUUGCGAUGGCAAAAAGUAUGUACGGCUCCCGGUGUUGUCUUUUCCGUGUAAACCAAGUUGAAAUGGCUCUUUGGGUGUUAAAGGUCGCCGACCCCUGGCCUAAACUGAAGCAUGACAAUCCAUUAAGACCAGUGUGUAAAUAUCCAUACAUCAUGUGACAUGAAAUAAACACACAUUUACACAUGCAACAAGACCCAUUUAAUAAAGGUAUUAGUUGCAUUUAGCGGUUCAUUAUUAUAAAGCUUUAUCGUACUGUCAAGCCCAAGAUCUGGCUAGGUUCCACAUACAAUACAUAGAUUAAAUAUUAAAGCAGGAAGUGCACGCGAUUGCCAACACAAGAUUUGAAAUCCAAACAGAGAUUAUGAUCAAGAUAAUGUUACCAAUGCAGUCUUGUGUUUUGUAAACGGUCUAAAAUGGUGACAGCUCCACUUUUGAUUAAAAUAAUCCAUCCUGUGAUUGACUGAUUUUAAUCCUGGAUCAGAGACUCACUGCCAGAUUGACUCAUCUAUGCAGUCUUCAUCCUACGCCAUUUGUCGGCGUUCCCUUGAAAUGUCUGACAAUCUUCAUAUAAUUUCCAAAAUAUGUACAGUUAAAUGGUAUAAAAAUAAACA